GUACUCAGUAGAAUGAGUGGCCGUGUUGGAGACCUUAGCCCUAAGCAGGCUGAAGCUCUGGAACAGUUUCGUGAGAAAAUUGGAGAUGUAUACUCCCAGCUUCCCAGUCAAAAUGAUCAUUAUCUGCUUCGCUGGCUCCGAGCCAGGAGCUUCAUUGUCCAAAAAGCUGAAGCAAUGCUUAGGAAGCACUUGGAGUUUCGCAAGCAAAUGAAAGUAGAUACAAUCGUAGAAGACUGGAAGCCACCAGAGGUGAUUGAGCAGUACCUGUCCGGUGGAAUGUGUGGGUAUGACAGAGAGGGAAGCCCUGUCUGGAUUGAUGUAUUAGGCCCCCUAGACCCAAAGGGUCUUCUGAUGUCUGCAACCAAGCAAGAUUUACUCAGGACCAAAAUCAGGGACUCCGAGCGUCUACGAAGAGAGUGCUUAAAGCAAUCAGAGAAGCUUGGGAAAAUAGUGGAGUCCAUCACUCUGAUCUAUGACUGUGAAGGCCUUGGCAUGAAACAUCUGUGGAAGCCAUCUGUUGAUGCAUAUGGAGAUAUUCUGACCAUGUUUGAGGAUAACUAUCCUGAAGGCCUAAAGAGGAUUCUUAUUAUUAAAGCUCCUAAAAUCUUCCCUAUUGCCUUCAACUUGAUCAAGCACUUUAUGUGCGAAGAGACUCGACGAAAGAUUAUUGUGAUUGGGUCCAACUGGGAAGAAGUACUGCAGAAGUAUAUAGCACCAGAUCAACUGCCUGUAGUCUAUGGAGGUUCACUAACAGAUCCAGAUGAAGACCCUUACUGUAAAACCAUGAUUAAUUAUGGUGGCACAGUGCCAAAAUCCUACUACCUUCAGGAUGCCAUCAAAGUCCAGUAUGACAAGUGCAUCACUAUCAACCGUGGGUCUGACCACCAGCUGGAGUAUGAGAUGCUCAUCCCUGACUGCUUAUUACGAUGGCAGUUUGCUAGUGAUGGGGCCGAUAUUGGUUUUGGCAUUUACAUAAAGACUAAAGUUGGUGUUAAACAGAAAGUUGGAGAAAUGCAAGAGGUGUUGCCGACUACACGUUACAAUGCCCAUCUGGUGCCAGAAGAUGGAUCCUAUACCUGUGACCAGCCAGGUGUCUAUGUUCUGCGAUUUGAUAACACAUACAGUGUGAUUCACUCAAAGAAGAUAAGAUUCACAGUGGAUGUUGUUUUACCUGCCAUGCACACAAAUUCCGAAGAACAGGCAUGA